AUGCUUCUGAAGAGAUUCGUCUUCUUGGCCACUCUGGCCCUCGCUUCGGCCGCUCCCAGGAGGAGGGUAUCAAGUUCCUGCAGCGCCGCCCCUCAACCCGUUCCUCCUCCAGCUCUGCCUCUCAAUGGCGGUGAGCGAGAACUCGCCGCUCCCCCAACUGGCACCAAGUUAAGGCACGUCGUCCUCGGCCACGGCUACCAAAACUACACCUGCACAAAAACAGACGGCUCCGACACCCUAACGUCCACAGCCACCGGCGCCCUCGCCGUCCUCUACGACGUCUGGCCCUUCUUCCCCGCACAGGGCGCCUCGUCCCUCUCCCUCAACGACGUCUGGGGCCUCGCCACAGAAGCCGCCCACGACAUCAGCGUGCCCCUCAACAUCGACGCGAGCAUCACCCUCGGCCGCAUCGCCGGCUCCCUCCCCGCCGUCGUGAAAUCCAGUCCCUGGAUCGCCCCCGCGGACAUUUCCCUCCCCGGCGCCAAUGCCCCGCUCAAGUUCAAGGGCGUGCACUACUUUGAUGUCAACGGCGUUCCUACCUUUGAUGUUGGCGGUGACUUCUUCCGCGCGAAGAAGUUGGAUGACCUGAACGCACCCGCGACAGCGGCCACUAGCAAGGAUGGGAGCAAGGCCGUUAAGUGGCUUUUGCUGGGUGAUGCUGGUGGCUCGACGGGGAUUCAGUACGUGUAUCGUGUGAAUACCGUUGGUGGGGCAGGUCAUGCCUGUACGUCGGAGGGUGAUGAUAGCUCGGAGUAUGCGACGUUUUAUUACAUGUACGGCUAA